AUGCAGCACGGCGCCAACCGAUGCCCGCCCGUGUCGCUUCUGUUGUUCCUGCAGUCCGCGCCGCCGCAGCUUACGUUUGCGGCAUUCAGGGAGGACUGCAGGGCAUGUGGCAUGCCGUGGUACUGCACCGCAGCGCAGCAGCUUUGCGUCGCCUUGCUGCUGCGCAACCCGCUCGUGCGGCAGUACCCGCAGCGUAAGGCGAAUGUCCGAGCCUUCUUGAAGCACUUCAUCACACAACUCGAGCUCCCAGAGACCGCCGCACUCCUCGCCGAGUCGCCGGACGAGGACAUCAUUGACACGCAGCUCAUGGAAGCGUACGUGGAGUGCUCGACAAGCUUCGAGGGCGACGCUCAGACAUGUAUGUGCUACAAGACAUUCUACUCCCCUGAUUCUCCUGUGGCAUUCGUGCCGGUGCGUUUAGCCGUUGGCCAAUUCGCCAACGUGGGCCUCGCGCUCUGGCCGGCUGCAUUUGCGCUGGUGCAGCUGCUGCGCGAGGCGCCGCUCGCCGCAUGCGGCCCCGUCAUUCUGCCAUCCAGCGGGGAAAUGAGGUUGCUGGAGCUCGGCGCCGGUGUGGGGCUGACGCCGCUGAUGCUGCAUCGCCUGCCGUGGUACGAGCAGAGGGUGCGGCGCUGCGUUCUUACCGACUACCAGUCAGAGCUGAUUGAUAACAUCCACUUCAACCUGCGUUCACAUGGCAUUGCCGUGGAGGGAUCGACCGACCGAAGUUGCAACGGGGAGGGGGAAGGUGUGGUGCACGCUGCUGAAAUCCUUGACUGGACAGAGCACGGGGACAACUCCAUGAAGGUGCAGAGGUGGGGCUGCAAUGUCAUCCUGGCAGCAGACUGCGUGUACGACGUCUCUCUGAUUGAUGCAUUUGUGACAACGGUGCAUCAGGCACUAGGCGCUGUUGAAGACGCUGUUGCCAUUGUCGUACAGACACACCGACAGGCGGAAACGAUGCAACGUUUUUUUAACGCGGUGCGAAAAGCAGAGCUCAGUGUGCAGUCAUACCGGCUCGUUCCUGUGACCGCGGAGAAUUCCUUGCGGCUGUCGUCACAAGAGGGGAACGUCAUUCUACGCAGCAUCGUCUGCGCAGACGAUUCAAACAGCGGCUUUGCUGUGAUGCGUGACGAAGUGGGUGCCGACGGUAACUUUAUGGGGGACUGUGCGACGAGCUGCGGGAGCGGGUGGAUGGGCGCCUUCUUCGUGCAGCUGGAGGCGGUGGUGGGCGUUCACGUGCUUCGGCUCCAGAAACAGUAG